AUGGCCCCAGACCCCGCCAGCGUGGCGCCCGACCCGGAACGCAGCCACAUUACGCCGCCCCCCGACGACGAGCCGAGCCACGCCCUCGCCCGCGGCGACGCGCUCGCCGCCGCCGCCGCCGCGCUCCUCGCGCCCUGGGCGCCCGCCGCGGCGCAGGCGAAGACCAUCUCUAUCGACCUGCCCGACGCGAUCGCCGACUUCAACGCUUGGGAGCUGCUGCACUCGCCCUGGCUGGCGCUCGGCCUGGCGGUGGCGGCGCUCACCCUGCUGCCCGGCAUCAUCAAGGCGCGCCGCGCGCGCUCAUCCUCCCCCCCUCUGCGCGCCGCCAUCGCGAGCGGGCGGGCAGCACGGCGGGCGCCGGGUCCGCGGCCGGCGUUCGGGCGGUCUGGGGCGCCUGCCUGGGUGUUUGUAUGA